AUGUUUACAAAUAACACAAUAAUCAUUGCAACAGUCCUCAUAGGAUUCUCACCCGGAAGAGCAAACUCUCAGGAUGAAAACAAGUUCGAUAUAUUAAGGAUGACAUCUCUAUGCUGUAAAAACGUUAAGGAUCUAAAGGAUUUAAUCAAAGCAACACACGAGAGGAUUGAGAGGAGCAAGGUGUUGACUAAGGUUAAUGAACCCCUGAAAGACCUUUUGAAGUCAGUCAAAGACGUUGAAACCAAAAGGGAGAGCACGAAGCGUUUGGUAAAGGAAGAUAGGGAAAUUGUGGCAAUCGGCAAAAGUACAACCUUCAAGGUCUUAGAGGAGUUCCUAUCAAACUACGAGAUGCAAUUCCAUGAAUUCUUCACAGCUUUUAGUCUUUCUGGGAUUUUUAUUCCCCUCUACAAGCUCGAUGAGCACAUCUGUCUCAGAUUUUUACAUCGAUCUUUUUGGAUUCCUAGUUUUCCACUGAUCAUGUCGGUUUUCCUAAAACUUUAA